GGCCUUUGUCUAGGAGUCGCCAUCUUGGGCUGUGUGUAUGCUGCCCGGGGAGCUUCUGCGCGGCCUUGGUGACGCCGUGGGUGCGGGGCGAUGGUAGGAGGGCGCCCGCGGCCCCGAGAAGCGGACCCGAUCUCUCCCAUCUCCCUGAGAGGAAGGCCACAGUAGGGCACUGGUGGUUGAGAAUCGAGGAGAAUCAAGAUGCUCCAAAUGACAGUCAAGUCACUCUCUGACGCUCAGCUGCCUCUUCAACCAUCAGGUCUAGGUGGCUGUGCUGUAGACCCUGUUGCCCUGUGACGUGCUGGUGUGGGGAGUUCCAUAGGGAGGACGCUCGAUGCCCUGGAAGCCAGAAAUGGGGUUGGUGUCAUUUGAGGAUAUAGCUGUGGAAUUCACGUGCCAGGAAUGGGAGGAGCUGAGUGAAGGUCAGAGGACCCUCUACAGGGAUGUGAUGCUGGAGAACUACAGCAACUUGCUGUUCUUGGGGCACUGCAAGACCAAACCUGAGUUGAUCUUCAAUUUGGAGCAAUCAUGGAUUGUAGGAGAAGCCUCAGACCAGAGCAUCCCAGCAUUUCCUGUCACUGGCAGAAGUGCAUAUGGAUUUAAAAUAAGAACAAUGUUUCUUAAACAAUGUAAGGGACUCAUCAGUAGCUCUACUCACAUGAAUUUCCAGGAAUUGAAUGCCCUGGGCAAGUUCUGUCCAGAAGCCAAAGCAAGACAUGUGUGGCAAGUUGCACUCGACAGUGAUACAUCAAAGGAUUUGACUGGAGUAGGGAAGGCUUUCGAUGUGAGUGCAAACCAUGUUUCAAAUCAGAAUAGAAAGAGUGAGAACCCUCGAGGAAUGAGUCCUGGAAAGCUUAUUCUGUGGAAGAAUGUUUAUUUUCAUAGUGAUGCUGAUGAGCUAGAAAUUGAACCAGAUGACCUGAAUGGAACUGUAAAAUCCAUCAAACAUCCAGAGCAUGUUACUCUAUACAAGUCUGAAAAUUCACAAAGUUAUUUUCAGAGUCUUAUACCAGGGAAAUCCUUCAACACAAAAGCAUUAUUACUGACUCAUAAAUUCAGUGAAUAUGCAAAAUCUUUAGGUGAUACAGCAUUUAUUGGCAAAGAGAUGGCUCAGAUAAGGGGAAAAUCUUUUGAAUGUAAUAUAUCAGAAAUAAAGUGUAACAAGUCUGACCUUGAUGAAAAGGAGCAAAGACGCCCUGGAGAGAAACAUUACAAAUGUAGUGACUUUGAGAACCCUUUCAUUACUGAAUCAUACCUUCCAAAACAUAAGGUACAGCAUGCAGGAGAAAAACUCUUUGCCCAGGAGGAAUACGAGUUUUCUCAGCAGUCAGAAGUGAAUCUCCGUCAGAAAAUCCACAGAGGGAAAAAGUCCUAUGAAUGUAAAAUAUGUGGAAAGUGCUUUCAUUGGAAAACUAGCUUCAACAGACAUCAUAGCACUCACACCGGUGAGAAGCCCUAUGAAUGUAAUGAAUGUAGGAAAGCUUUCUGCCAAAAGUCACACCUCACUCAGCAUCAGAGAGUUCAUACAGGCGAGAGACCAUAUAUAUGUCUAGAAUGCAGGAAGGCUUUCUAUCGUAAGUCAGAGCUCACUGACCAUCAGAGAAUUCAUACAGGCGAGAAGCCGUACGAAUGUAAGGAAUGUGGGAAAGCUUUCUGCCAAAAGCCCCAACUCACUCUACAUCAGAGAAUUCAUACAGGCGAGAAGCCCUACGAAUGUACGGAAUGUGGGAAAGCCUUCUCCACCAAGUCCUACUUAACGGUACAUCAGAGGACUCACACAGGCGAGAAACCCUAUGAAUGUACCGUGUGCAGGAAGUCGUUUAUCUGUAAGUCGAGUUUCAGUCAUCAUUGGAGAACUCAUACUGGUGAGAAACCCUAUGAAUGCAAGCAGUGUAUGAAGACAUUCUACCGGAAGUCAGGCCUGACUCGACACCAGAGAACUCACACAGGUGACAAACCCUAUGAAUGCCAGUUGUGUGAGAAAGCUUUUUACUGCACUUCACACCUCACUGUACAUCAGAGGACUCAUACAGGUGAGAAACCCUAUGAAUGUAAGGAAUGUAGGAAAUCUUUCUAUGAUAAGUCAAACCUUAGAAGGCAUCAGAAGAUUCAUACCAUGGAGAAAGCCUGUGAAUGCAAACAAUGCAACAAAUCUUUGCUGAGUAACACUUUGCAGCAUCAGACAAUGUACUAUGAACACGAAGAAUGCAAGAAAGCCUUGCACCAUAAAACAAACUUUACUUAAACAUCUAACACUUCUUACAGGUAAGGGGACCUGUGAAUGUAAAGAACAUUGGGAAACAUUUACCCACAUAACAGAUCUUACUGUAUAUAGGAGUACCCACAUGAGAGAUUAAACCUUAUAAAUAAACAGUGAAGGAAAAACCUUGA